AUGUUGCACCUCACACCACUGAGCCAUAUGUUCUCCUGCUUAUCGGAUACGGGUUUGGUUAGGAUACUGCUCAGCUUCCCCAAGCUUGUUAGACCCUGGCUUAAAAAUUUAGUAUUGUUAAACAGUUUGGCAGAAAUGGCUGCAUUCAUGAAUAUAAGAUCUGUAAAAUUUUAUCGCGAAAGAAAAGAAAGUCGUGCCGAACAAUACCGCGGUCUGUAUAGAUUUAGUGAAGAAAAUGUGGAGCCAAAAGUGGAGACUAGAGGUGGUGCAUUGAGUCCAAAAAGAAUGCAAAUAUUUUUGCGAUUUCUAAGUGAUCCUGGAUUUCAAAUAGGGAUCGGAAAAGAAGAAGAAGUUCAGAGAACAACAAUGUGUAAAACGAUAUCUCACGUUUUACCAAAAAUAGUUGAAAAGGCAGGAAUUUGGAUUAAAUUUCCUAUAGAAAACUCGACUGACCAAGCAACCAACGAAUGGGCACAGUUGUAUAGAUUUCCCUGUGCUUUUGGUGCAACUGAUUGCACUCAUGUACCAAUGAUAAAGCCAUCGCUACAUGGUUACGAGUAUAUCAAUAGGAAAGGCUGGUGUAGUAUAAAUGUGCAAGCAACUUGUGACGGAAAAGAAAUUUUUACAUCCGUAGAUGCUGAAUGGCCUGGCCCGGUGCACGACAGUCGUAUUUUAAGAAGAUCAAAUAUUUUUGGUAUGAUGAGAAGACGUCAACAGAACUAA